CGAGUUGAAUUCAAAACUGCAAGACACUUUGGAACAAAUAGAGGAACAAUUGGAUGUAGCGCUCUCCAAAAUAUGCAAGAACUUUGAUAUCAAUCACUAUACGAAGGUUCAACAGGCUUACAGGCUGCUUGGAAAGACACAAACAGCGAUGGACCAGUUACAUAUGCACUUCACUCAAGCCAUUCACAACACUGUGUUUCAAGUAGUCCUUGGAUAUGUGGAGCUGUGUGCAGGAAACACAGACACCAAGUUUCAGAAGUUACAGUACAAAGACCUCUGUACACAUAUUACAUCAGACAGUUACAUUCCAUGCCUUGCUGAUCUCUGCAAAGCCCUCUGGGAAGUCAUGCUCAGUUACUACCGAACGAUGCAGUGGCAUGAGAAUCAUGACCAAGAUGAGGCAACAGUUGUGUCUGCUGUUUCAGAUGGCAGCAAUGUGAUUGGAACUGAAGAGAACAGUUUUGACCGCAGCUAUGUAAAAAAGAAAUUGGAACAUGGGCUUUCACGAAUAUGGCAGGAUGUUCAACUGAAAGUGAAAACCUAUCUUCUGGGGACAGAUCUGUCUAACUUCAAAUAUGAUGACUUCAUAUUUGUACUUGAUGUUAUCAGCAGGCUGAUGCAAGUUGGAGAAGAAUUUUGUGGCAGUAAAUCUGAAGUUUUGCAAGAAUCUAUCAGAAAACAAAGUGUUAACUAUUUCAAAACAUACCACAGAACUCGUCUUGAAGAAUUACGAAUGUUUUUGGAGAACGAGACCUGGGAACUUUGUCCUGUUAAAUCAAGCUUUAGUAUUCUGCAGCUUCAUGAAUUUAAGUUCAUGGAGCAGUCACGUUCCCCAUCUGUGUCACCUAGUAAGCAGCCUGCUUCAGCAAUUUCAACAACAGUAACGUUAUUCGAGCAGUACUCUAACGGAGGAAACCCAUUUGAAAUUCAGGCCGACAGCAAAGAUGAUGAGACAGAAGAUGUGUUAGCUUCCAAUGGG